UUGUCGCUCUUGAACGCGCCCUCGAACAGAAUCCUGGGAAAGACAAGAUGGCGGGACGCUCAAAAACUCCGCCGACUGGCCGACUAGGCAACAAAAUCAACUGUAAAUAACAAAGUAUAACUCAGCGUUAAGCGCAAACUGUCGAUCGGUACGCCGCCAACAGAUCGUCGAUAACCGCCGGUAACCAUGAACCGAGGCCGGGCGAAGUGCGGUCUGACAGGCUCCCCGCCGCAGCAACAGACGGCCGCUUCAAAACCAAACCGACUGAGGAGAAGUUUCAGACAGACUCAGAGGACACAGACAGCGGCGGAGGUCGACUCUCCAAAGAGCCAACAGUCAGAUUUUAAGACCCCGACCAGAAUCCCGAGAUCCAGAGCAGGUGGGGGUUUCAGUGGAGAGUCUCCGCACAACGACUCCGACUUUCAGCAGGACAUCAUCUGGGACGCCACCUCUCCUUCACCCAACAGGCUCGGUAAAAGAGGCAAGAAACAGUCUGCGGGAGUUGUGGACAUCUCCGAGAUCGUCAGCAGGAUCGCUCCAAAGCAUGGCAGGCCGAAGGUUGCGGAGCCGACUUUACAGCAGUGGAUCGGAGACAGCGCCGCCAUUCCCUGCACGCCGGAUGUUCGAGUUCCCAAACCCAAGAAGAAAUCCCCGAGGCCAAACGGAGUGGACGACCUGCUGAAGCUCGCCAAACAGUUUGACUUCAACAUGUUUCAUCAGGAUGAUGAAGAAGAAGAAGAAGAAGAAGAAGAAGUGGAGGACCUGCACCAGCAGAGCCUGGAGCUCCUGUCAGGGGACAUCUUGGAUUUGGAGAACGGUGAUCAAAAGGACUUUUCACCUUCACUUCCUGGUCAGCCAGCUGUGAACGCAGCGGCUGGGACAGGCGUGCAGGUCCACCUGGAUCAACAUAUGGAGGACGAUUUGGAUUUUCUCUUUGAUGGACCGACCCAACAUGUAAGCGGAAAUUUAAGUCAGGUGUCGUCGGCUCAGCCGUCACAAGUAAAACCUGCUUCCAGCGUGUCUUCCAGAGAGGCUUCUGGGAAACCGCCUGCGUCCUCACACGCUCCCACUGCUGGUCUUUCCACCACAAACACUAAAGGCGCUUCAGCAAACGACGAGUUUGAGGAUGAUUGGGAAAACGAUGACUUACUAAAUGACUCUUUAAUAUUGGAGAUCACGCAAAACCCACAGAACUUCACUGCUCCAAAGUACUGUUCAACCCAGAAACCAUCCGGCGACGUGAGAUAUCAAAGUCCAGUAAAUGUUCCUGUCAGUGGAGGUGCUGGACGCAGCCAAUCACCUGUUCCUAAAGUGGAAAAGGACAAUGUGAGACAAAGAACAACUUUCAAACUGGAGUCUAAUCCUAAUUUCUCUGUCAAAAGAAUCCAGACAGACACAUGGACAGACUCGAAGGUGGACUACAGCUCGAAAGCAGCGGUAAAAGACACUCAGCAGAACAGGUGUUCGUCCGGUAAGGAGGCGGGAUCUCAACGUACCUGGCAAACAUCAAACACCGUGAAGCCACACCUGCAGAAACCACAGUUUCACCAAAGGACUUCUGUUGCGAGCUCAGCUGUCAAAUACAACACGACCGCUUCUACUGCGACAAAAACAGCUCAGAGCUUUCCUCCAAAACCGGAAGUAGUUUCAUCCCACAGCGGGGCUCCUGCUGCCUCCGAGCUCCCGGAUGACGACCUGUACUCUUUCUUCUCGUCGGACCCGGUCUGGGACGACCCAGCUGACGACGACCUGCUGUGUGAAAUGUGCGAAGACGUGGAGAACCAGAUCCAAAGCGCCGAGUACGUUUCCGCUAAACAGACUCUUCCUGUGGGUCACAUGUCCAACCAGAGAGCAGCUCUACAACCGGCCAACAGAACCGGGGACAACGGGAUCCAACAGCCAGCCAAUCAGCAGCCUUUCCCCCAAAAACAAACCGCAACAGCCUUUCCCUGUGCUUCAGGUAGACCAUGUGGCACUCCGCUGGCUGGUGGUUUUGUCUCUAACAUCACGGCAGCUGUACAGAUGAACACCGUGACGGAUUCUUUCAGAUUCACACAAACUAAAAACACUUCAGGACCCACAAACGGUUCAGCGUGCCUGCGGGGGAGCAGCGGGGUCCAGUCGGCGCCGCGGGGAAACCCCCGCAAAGACCAGUUCACCUUCAAGAAGCCAAGCAACCCAGUUUCUACGGUGACCGACAAAGUUCUCGGUAAAUGUUCAGCAGCAGAGAUCGAGCUGAAGAAGCGGCAGGCGAUGGAGAGGCGACGACAGCGUCUGCAGGCCGCCCAAAACCUCCGAGCCCCCACCUGACGGAGACAAACCGGCCUCGUAAACCACAAACAAACCUGCCUGAAGAUUACGCCAGACAGAAACUUAAAUCUCUGAAUCACAGCUGGCCAACAUUUCUUGUACAAAUAUAUGUUCUUGUAAAAUGAAACUGUAAAUUUUCUGUAAUUUAAUGUUUGUCAUAUUUCUGUUUUUCAAGUUUUUGAAAUCAAACAUUUCAACAUUUUGGGAAAUUAGCUUAUUUGCUUUCUUUCCGAGUGUGUGUGUGUGUGUGUGUGUGUGUGUGUGUGUGUGUGUUUAAGUGUUAAGUACUGAGCUGGCUGUGGUUAGCCUAGCUUAGCAUAAAGACUGGAAGCAGGGGGAAACAGCUAGCCUGGCUCUGUCCAAAGCUCACUGAUUAACAUGUUGUAACGCAUUUGUUUAAUCGGAACCCGAACAAACGUGCAAAAGAUAAUGGUGGUGUGGUUUUAGGGAGAGGGAACUAUUUCUUGACAGCGUAUCCAUCCGCCCAGUACGUCUGUGCAGCGUCUCCAGCUGUGCCACAGCCAGGCUAGCUGCUUCCCCCCCGGCAAGAAAGUGAAUAACUGUAUUUCUCUCUAAAUGUUGAACUAUUCCUUUCAGAUUGUAUUACUUUAUAGUCGUAAAGUAAAUGUGUAACGCACUGCACGUCUGUUUAAGGAGGAACGUUAUUGUGAGCAGAAUCAUAACUCGAUCUGUCUGAAGGAUGGAGGACUCGUUCAAUAUCUCUGACUUAAUCAGCUACAGACUGAAGUCACCUGUCAUUUAAAAUGCCAUUUUAUAUGCAACGCUGUCACUUGGUUUUUCAGAAGGUUGCAACCAAUAAACCAAUAAAUAAUCUGCCUAAAAAUGACUUAAACAAACAGUCCAUUGAUUUGGGAAAUCAUUUGUAUGCUGUCAGAUGACGAGAUGAAUAUCAGUUUUAUUAAAGAGAUACACUAUCAUGUAAAUCAGACACUUUGGAGUGUUGCAAGGUUUAUAUUUUUACUUUUGGUGGAGCUAGGCUAGCAGUUUCCCCCUGCGCCCAGUCUUUGUGCUAAGCUAGGCUAACCACAUCCUGCACAAAAUGGCGGACUGUUCCUUAAGAUAUUCUGGCUCUCUGUUGCUGAUGAAGUCAAACUUUUCAUUCCUUUGUUUGAUCAUGAACACGAGGAGACGCGACCGUCUGCAGCGUCUGCUGUUUUCUCUUUAUCCGCUUUAUUUUCUGUAAAGCACUUUAACUGAUUUCAAAGUGUUUUACCAAUAAACGUUUUAUUGUUGAUUUCA